GGGAAGACCAUGGAGUGGUCCAGGAAGUGCCUGGGAGUCUGGUUUUUUCUUUUUUUCCCAAUAGGUGGAGAAUCCAUGUUCCACUUGGAUUCACUGGGGAAAUGACUCCUUUUACCAAAGGCAUAUAAAAUGCUUCUACCCUUGUAGGGCGACUAACACUCCAGUUUGCCAGGGACUAAGGGAUUUCCUGGGACAUGGCACUAGGAGUGCUAAAACCAGGCAGAUCUGGGCAGAGCAGGAUGGUUGGUCCUGGACAUGACGAAGAGACAUGAUCCAAGGACAGGUCCCAGGGCAUUCAUGUUAGACUGAGACAGACAGAGCCCCAGCAGCAGCUGCAUGGAAAGAAGAGCUGUUCUCAGCUGAAGCAGAUGGCAUUUUAUAGUGGUCCUUGAAGAACGCAGCUGUCUCUAUCAAUAAGACAUCAUAGAAAGGGAAUCCUCCAAGUUCUGAUUAAUGUCACUCAGUUAUAUUACUUUUUAAAAAGAACCAAUGGACCUAAGGUCAGACGGUUGCUUAAAGGUUUUUAAUCUAGCUCCUAUUCUAAACUUCCUCUGCACCAUUUUAGCCAAAAAGACCCCAGCUUUGCAUACUUCUAGUUAUAUGAAAUUUGCUCAUUUUCAAGCCAGUCUUUUGCCACGUGGGAUAAUGCAGAUUGUAAGAAACUUAUUUCAUGUGUGGGACUCUCUGCAUCCCUGGAGCUGCUCACACUGGCCCAAGUUCUUGGUAUGUGCCCUUCAGGGGUUUAUGUUCAUUUCUCUUCCCCACCAGACAGCACCAGCUUUGCAACCAAUGCUCCUUAGACAACUCACCAUCCUGGGCAUCUUAGUCGUGCAAUGAAACUCUAGACACAAAGAAACUGUUAGGAUUGAAAUCCAUGGUUGGAAAGAAAAAGAUAUGUGUUUCAGUUGACAUUUUCAUGCUUGUUCUGGUUAACAGGAAUGUAUUGAUAUUCCCAGUGUCUGUCUGCUGAUAUCCAGCACCGACUCACAAUGGAAGCCACCUGCAAUGGAUCAAAGGGCUCCUCACCUGUCUUCUACUUGGUGGGCAUCCCCUCUCUGCCUGAAUCCCUCUUCCUCCUUGUCUUUGUCAUUUUCCUCUUAAUCUAUCUGCUCAUCCUGGUGGGAAAUACCCUGAUCCUGGUGGCCGUGGUGAUAGAGCCUAGCCUUCACAAGCCCAUGUACUUCUUCCUGAUCAACCUCUCGGCCCUGGACAUCCUCUCCACUACAACAACUGUCCCCAAGAUGCUGUCCCUAUUCCUGUUUGGGGACCACUACCUCAGUUUCUCUGCCUGCUUCCUGCAGAUGUACCUUUUCCAUGGCCUUAACUGCUCUGAAGCCUUCAUCCUGGUGGUCAUGGCCUAUGACCGCUAUGUGGCUAUCUGCCGCCCACUGCACUACCCUGUGCUCAUGACCCCACAGACCAAUGCUGCCCUGGCAGCCAGUGCCUGGCUCAUUGCCCUCUUUCUGCCCAUCCCAGCAGUGGUGCAGACCUCGCACAUGACUUUUGAAAACAUCGCUCACAUUUACCACUGCUUCUGUGACCACUUAGCUGUGGUCCAGGCCUCCUGCUCUGACACCACACCCCAGACCUUCAUGGGCUUCUGCAUCGCCAUGGUGGUGUCCUUCCUGCCCCUUCUCCUGGUGCUUCUCUCCUAUGCCCACAUCCUGGCCUCAGUGCUUCGCAUCAGCUCCCGAGAAGGACGCUCCAAAGCCUUCUCCACCUGCAGCUCCCACCUCCUGGUGGUUGGCACUUACUACUCAUCCAUUGCCAUAGCCUACGUGGCCUACAGGGCUGACCUGCCUCUUGACUUCCACAUCGUGGGCAACGUGGUGUUUGCUAUUCUCACACUUGUCCUCAACCCUCUCAUCUACACGCUGAGGAACAAGGAUGUCAAAGCAGCCAUCACCAAAAUAGCAUGUCCCCAGAACCUAGGGAAUUCUAGGGCCUUUGAUCCUUAGUUACAACUAAUUCAGCUCCCUGGACACAAAUGACAGUGCCCAGUACAGAAUAAACACAAUAAACAUUUUAAAAUGAAUUAUAGCAACCCAAAUUGACUUCAUUUGGUUGAUCAGACACCUAAAACCUGGUCCUCAAAUAAUGGAUCAAGAAGUCUUCCCACUGGUGCCACAGAAUAAGUGAUUUUCACAAUUUUCCCCAGUCAUUAACAGGAUGAAUAAAAUUUGAUCAUCCAGUGAUUCAUAUUAAAAAUCUUUACUUGAUAUGCAGGAGACAGAAAUAAACCAGACCUAUUUGCUGCUCCUAUGGUAUUUAUCGUUUAACUGGAGAGUCAGACCCAAAGAAGUACUAUAAGGCAAUAUGAC